GGAGAAACUGCACAUGUUAACAAUAUCAGACAGAGACAGGGUCUCUAACACACUGCUGAAAUACUGACUCUGAAAUACAAACUGAUUAUAACUGUGUUUUUUAUACUGUGUAUUUAAUGAUCAGUGAUCAACCGAGACAGCAAAGCUGAAAAACAGAGUCAAAGGUUCCUUUAUUUUAUUAACUGCUCAAAAGUGGAGUGUUGAACUGAUUCCAGCAUGAACACUUAAAUACAAGUUAAAAUACAAUUAUACUUUAUGCUUAAUGACUACAUUUGUCCAAAUGUGUGAGCUAAACUGAAUUAACUGGAUUAAAAGUGUAAGUGUGUGUGUGUGUGUGUGUGUGUGUGUGUGUGUGUGUGUGUGUGUGUGUGUGUUAGAAGUACAGAGGUGAGCACUGGGUGAGACAAACACUUCUACAAACAUAUCAGGAAGUGAGAAACUGUGAAUGAUACAGUUAGUGAGCUGAGAGCUGUGAGAAUGAUCAGUGAAAUUCUGUGUUUAUUACAAUCUAAUGAAGAUGAAGAAUGUUUACGUGUGUUUUAUAUCACAGUCUAAAUGCUUCCAGUGUCAUUGCUCAUAUUUAACACUGCAGACAGGCAUGCUGAGUCAAACAGACUAAUCACUAUCACCUCAUACUGUUACAUGUGUGAACUGAAUGAUGUGAUUUCUUACUGAAAAGAUUCAAAACACAGGAAGAAGUAAAUGGCUGAAUCUUCAUCACCAACAAAAGGCGGAAGAAGGAGCAGCAUGGAAGAACCAGGUUCCUUUUCCCGUGACUCCAGCAGUCUCCUGUCUGAAGAGCAGCUAGAGUGUUCGAUCUGUCUGGAUGUGUUCACUGAUCCAGUCACCACUCCAUGUGGACACAACUUCUGCAAGAGCUGCCUUACACAGUGCUGGGAGAAGAGUCAACACUGUCACUGUCCAUUAUGUAAAGAGAAAUUCACCAAGAGACCUGAACUGAAGAUAAAUACAACACUGAGAGAGGUUGCAGAUCACUUCAAGAAGAAAAGUGGUCCUGACAAACCUGAGGUUCUUUGUGAUGCCUGCACUGGAGAGAAGCUGAAGGCCCUGAAAUCCUGUCUGGAUUGUUGUGCAAGUUUGUGUAAAACUCAUCUAGAUUUUCAUAAUCAUGUUCCCAAACUUAAGAAACACAAACUAAUAAACCCUAUGGAGAACCUGGAGGACUACAUAUGCCAGAAACAUGAGAGAGCUCUGGAGCUGUUCUGUAGAGAUGAUCAGACGUGUGUGUGUAAGUUCUGCACUGAGACAGACCACAAGAAUCACAACACUGUUCCUAUAGAGGAGGAGAGCAGAGAGAGGAAGACACAGCUGGGGAAAACACAGACAGAUGUGCAGCAGAUGAUUCAGGACCGACUGAAGAAGAUCCAAGAGAUCAAACACUCAGUAGAGCUCAGCAAAAGAAGCACAGAGAAAGAGAAAGCAGACAGUGUUGAAGUCUUCACUGCUCUGAUUCGCUCCAUUGAGAGAAGUCAGGCUGAGCUGCUGGAGGUGAUGGAGGAGAAGCAGAAAGCAGCAGAGAGGCAGGCUGAAGGACUCAUUAAAGAGCUGGAGCAGGAAAUCACUGUGCUAAAGAGGAGAGACACUGAGCUGGAGCAGCUCUCACACACUGAGGAGCAUCUCCACCUCCUACAGAUUUACUCCUCCAUGUGCAGCCCUCCACACACCAAGAACUGGACUGAGAUCAGUAUUAACACUGAUCUGAGUGGGGACACUGUGAGGACAGCUCUGUCUCAGCUUCAGAAGACUCUGAAUGAGAAACUCACUAAAACACUCAAUGACAAGUUAAAGGAAACAGUUUCCACAGAACUGAAGAGGAUUCAGCAGUAUGCAGUGGAUGUGACUCUGGAUCCUGAUACAGCUCAUCCUGAUCUCAUCCUGUCUGCUGAUGGAAAACAAGUGACAGAUGGAGACACACGACAGGAUCUCCCUGAUACACCACAGAGGUUUAAUUAUUGUGUUAAUGUUCUGGGAAAUCAGAGUUUCUCCUCAGGGAGAUUUUAUUAUGAGGUGCAGGUCAGAGGAAAAACUAAGUGGACAUUAGGAGUCGUGAGAGAGAACAUUAACAGGAAGGGAGACAUUACACUGACUCCUCAGAAUGGAUUCUGGACUGUGUGGCUGAGGAAUGAGAAUCAGUAUAAGGCUCUUGCUGGUCCCUCUGUCCGCCUCACACUGAGAGAGAAGGUGGAGAAGGUGGGGGUGUUUGUGGAUUAUGAGAAGGGUCUGGUCUCCUUUUAUGAUGUGAAGUCCAGCUCUCAUAUCUACUCUUUCACUGCUCAGUCUUUCACUGAGAAACUCUAUCCAUUCUUCAGUCCUUGUUUAAAUGAAGGAGGUAAAAAUUCAGCACCACUGAUCAUCUCUCCUGUAUUUAACACUGAAUGAAUUUUCACCUCACAGAUUUAAUCAUUUAUUAAAUGGUGAGAAUAAAAAUAAAUAUUUUACGUUUUCUGGUAAUUUUUAGAAAUACAUAUUACCUUUUAAAGUGCUGUACAGUUUAUUUUAGUACUUGUUUGUUUUUGUUUGCUUGUUUGUUUUGGAUAAACAAAUCAUUUUAAUCCUUCAGACUGUUUUUUUUUUUUUU